GCUGUGUACAAUCUACCUGUGAAAAGAGUCAACAUACCGGGAGAGAAUUCAAACGGGACCCAUGACGGCAAACCUGGCGUUUCAAUGAAGAUCGUGGAGCUGACCAAGCCGGUCAGCGGCAAAGACAUCGACCUCAAGCUUAUACUGAACAGCAACGACAGUGAAACUCGGACACUAGUGAUCAAUGUCAACGUUCAGGCCAUGAGAUACACCGGGAUCCCAUCCUCCCAGAUACAGACCGAAUUGAAAGAACUGAAACUCCUUCCCAACCAAGAUCUGACUAUACCCAUCCACAUCCCCUUCUCUGUGUACGGUGAGAAAAUGCGGGAGAGCAACAGCAUCAAGGUUUCGGCUGUGGUCACAGACAAGGACAAGAGUGAGGCAGUGUACAUCACAGAGAAAGACCUUGUGCCAGAGAGCCCUUCGCUCACCAUCAAAGCCAUUGGAUCUGAAUUGCAGUAUAGUGAAAUGACGGCAGAGGUUGUGUUUGAGAACCCUCUAUCCGAAGGUCUGAGAAACUGCUUCAUAACAGUGACCGGCAGUGGCUUGCUGACUGAAACAAUGGAAGCCAGAAUGCCUUUGCUAAAACAAGGGCAACGACUACGUGUGACGAUGCCCUUUACACCAUACAGACCCGGUCCUAAGAAGCUAGUGGCCGGCUUCAACUGUGAUCAAUUCAGGGACAUUAAGGCAAGCUGCAAUGUGUACAUCAAACCCGUCACCGGUGUUGUCCCCCCACUGCGUAGAUACUAAAGCCCUCGUGAGAAUAACUCUAAUAACUCAGAUAAGUUCUGCAAUUUAUACCUUAUUUUCCUGUUAAGUCAAAUUAGGAUAUAACGUUAGGCCACCGAGACAGUGUCCAAGUUCUAUAAUUCUCUGGUAGAAUGUCCUGCUUCUAUUUCAUCACACACAACCGUUAGCUAUUUUCUAGUUGUGCUAUUUUUGACCCCCAGGCUGUUGAUGUCAUGCAACCUGUAGUUUUUAUGUUUAUAGUUUUUCAUAAAGCCAAUAACAAAUUUGAUAUCGGACGACAAUUGAAUGUUCAUGAUGUCACCGCAACAACUGUCGAAACACGUAGUAUAAACCAGCCUUUAGUCUUGAUGAUAGUUUAGUACUUUGCUUGUUUAGUACAUAGCCUCACAUGUGAAUCCUUAAAGAGAUAGGUGGGGCUAAGGCUUAAGAGGGUGUGAACAAUGCUGAAUGGGUGCAGACAAAGAAGAGCUCCUCAGUAGUAGUAAUAAAACAUUCAAGGGUCAUUUUCUCAAAAGUGAGAUUACAAGUUUUUCAACUUUCAAAGCAGAAUUACUUUCCCAUUGUUCUUCAACUGUAGUGUAUGAUAUACCAUUUUCUAAUUCUGAGUCUCUAGUUUUAUCUAAUGUAAAAAAAACUAUUUCAAAUUUUGCUACAGAAGACUAAAUCGAGCUGGUCGGUCACACAUGAAGAUUAAACAUUUUCAGGCCUACUGUACAUCUUACUGUAUAAAUUAAUGUUGAAAACAAGUGUAACAUGGCUUGACUUUGUCUAUGUAAUUCUCUGUAAUUGUGGUGCAUGUAUUGUUGACUGGUGUGGCUUCUUAAUGCAUUUUAAAUUGUCAAAUAAAAUAAAAUAAAAUGCA